AUGCCAAAUAAAAAUGACAAAAUUAAGAAAGACGAUAAUCACAAAUUUGUAAAAAAUGUCAAAAAUGUUGGGGGAGUGCCUCUUGAAAAUGGCUCCACAAACAAUUUAACAGCCAAUUUUCAUCACAGUCCGAAGCGGAUUAAAGGAAAACCAAUAACCAAGAAAUCUACUCUGACGGAUUCUGUUGCGGGUUUUGUCAAUGAAGUCAUUACUAAUGUGAAUUCAACUAAUGAGCCAAUAAAAUGGGCAAAGAUUCAAAAUCUUCAGACUGGCUUGAAAGGCAAAGAUUCUGCUCUUAUUGUGAUUAUUAUUGGUUUGGCAAGAGGAUAUCAAAUUUAUUUUAUGGAAAAUGGUGAAUUUGAAGAAAUAAUUUCUGUCAGAAACGCUCCUCUUAAAGAUGGAUUACUUCUUCCUUUUAAUGUUGAUGGUGUCGACAGUCUCUCCACUCAUCGCCCAAUAUUUGCUUCCGUUUUCGAGGAGUACUCUUCUGAUGGGAACACUUUAAAUUUUAUUUCUUUGAGUUCUGGAGAGACUUGGCGACGUGAUAAAUUCGAUACCCACAUUGUCGAGAUUGAUUUUUCUUCCAACUGUUUUUUGGUAAUGCUUGCCGAAAUAAUUAUAAUUUACAACAAUAAUGACCUCAUUGAACGCUUACGUGUAAAAAUACCAAAAGGAUGUCCAGUGUUUGCCUUGUCAGGAAAUUUCCUUGCUUUUGCUGAUGAAAAUUGGAAACAUUCAUUACUUUCUUGCGGAUUUUCUAGUGACAAUCAUUCAACAGACAACCAUGUAAUGUUAACAGCCAAAAAAAUAACCAAAACAAUGACUUCUUUUGGUGGUUCUUUAGUCUCCUCGAUUACUACACCUUUAAAGAAUGUAAAUAAUAAUGGAAUUAUUAAUAACAACAAUAAAACGGGACUCGUAACAAUUGUAAAUAUUGAUUCAAAUUUAAAAUAUUUUUCAACAUCUUUUAAAACGAACAAGGUUUGUGUGUUUUGUUUAAUUUGGUUUUUUGGGUGA